GUCACAAGCGGUUGUGUACUUACAUGGACAUAGUUUGAUCGCUUCAAGACUCGAGUACGGACCGACCCCAGCCUGGCUCAGACGGACUUAGAGACGAUAGACGAAGCCUUGGUUCAAAUAUGGAGCAUCAGUAGGCCAGUUGGGGGAACGUAAGAAUGCAACUUGGCAUACUUCUUUGAAUGAGUGACCAUUGAUACACCUCCGUCUCGCAGCUGCACUCUUUCUUUGGGAUCUGUCGUUCGCCGCCGACUACCUACUGUCCCCUCAAACCCCGUAUCCCCUACUAGCUUGCCUACUUCGUCCGCGGUCUAGUUCAAGCUUAUAUAUAAGCAGCCCUAUCACGUUCCUUACUCGAUGCCCAACCCUCAAGGAAGAAAUGGGUAUGCUAUUGCUCCUUCAGAUGAAGCUAUACGACCGCUAGUGGAACGAUUUGUUGCAAGUGGCUACACCAACCUAGAAAUCAUUUCUCGUCUUCGAGAAUGCAAUCUCGUUAUAUCAAUCAGCCUUCUGAAAAAACGCCGCUCGCAAUGGGGGCUCAAGUCUUCUCGUGGUCAGGCGCACACAAUUGAUACCAUAGGCCCUGCUAUCGAGCGCGUUCGUAAACGCUUCCCAAAACAAGGCUCGCAUGAUAUGAAGCAGAUGCUUCUGCAAGAGGAGCACAUUAUGGUUUCAAGAGACUUAAUACUUCAAUAUAUGAAUCUCCACCAUCCAGGCGAAGUUCAACUUCGAAAGAGCCGCCGGAUUAAGCGCAGUACCUACUGGACUGCGGGCCUUCAUGACAUCUGGAUCUUUGACCAGCAUGAUAAGUGGCGUCGUUUCCAAUUGUUUUUGCAUGUUGGCAUAGAGCCGUUCUCGGGUCGAAUUCUCUGGCUUAAAAUUUGGUGGACCAACCAUAAUCCUCGUCUAAUUUGUGGCUGGUACUGUGACACAGUUCAAACACUGGGAGCCAUGCCUCUUGUGACCCAGAGUGAUCCUGGCACUGAGAACAACGGCAUUGCAAAUGGCCACACAAUGCUACGCCACCUUCAAGAUCCAGCGCUCGCUCGGACGCUCCAGCACAAGUUUAAGGGGAAGCAUCGUAAUAUUAAGCCAGAAAUAUUCUGGAGUCAAUUACGCCGUCGCUGGGCACCAGGCUUUGAGGAUAUCCUUGACUUUGGUUUGAACAAUGGCAUCUAUGACCCUGAUGACGCCCUGGAGAAGCUCGUGUUUCACUUCAUUUUCAUUCCCUGGUUGCAGGAUGAGCUUGAUCAUUUUGCUGCGAGGUUCAACAACACCAAGCCGCGUUUCAAUAUGCACAAGAUCCUUCCGCAUGGACGCCCAAACGAUAUCUUCCAUCAUCCAGAAAGGUUUGAUUCGCGGGAUUUUUCUGUGAAAGUCGAUAUCCCUUCACUCGAGCUUGUCCGUCAAACAUAUGCUCCGCUGGACCAUCCUGUGUUUCUCUUGGUACCUCGAGAGUUCUUCGAACAAGCCACUGCGUUCAUGACGGAGCUUGGUCACACAGAAAUCACCGGUGAUAAUAUUUGGGAUGUGUAUGCUGAGCUUCUAAUGUGCUUCCGAUCCAUCGAGGAUGAGGAUUGUGUUCAAAACAUCAUUGCUGCACGACCGGUGGUUCCUGAAGACAGAGAGGAACAGAUCGAGAGUGAGAAGAUGGAUGUUGUAGAUCUGCCACCAUAUAUUGAGGGAGCAGGGUGCAGGACGAUCACUGACGAAUCUGCAGCUGGCAACAAGUCAUCUGAUGAGGACUCUGACUUCUAUGAUUUUGUCUGGACUGACGAGGAGGACUGCUAGAUACUCUUACCACUGCAAUGUGUCCAUCAAAAAUAACAUUGUGUUGUGGAUUCACCAUA